AUCCAUAGUGACGCGCACACAUAAUACAAAGCGCGAACUUGAGCCGGGAUGUCACAACUUGCUGCUGCUAUAUAUACCUCGCCGGAGAGAACAGGAGCAUAGUCGAACAAGACAUCACAACUCCUCCUCACCAACAAAAAUGGCCUUUAAGUUCGUCAUCCUCGCAUGCGUGGUGGCUGUGGCCCGCGCCAGUGUGGCUCCAGCAGUGGCUGCUCCCCUCGUCGCGGAGCCCGUCGUAGCUGCACCUGUUGCAGCCAGGCUGGAGGAGUUCGACCCACUCCCACAGUACAACUUCGGAUACAACGUGGCUGACUCGCUCACCGGCGACUAUAAAAGCCAAACUGAGCAGCGUAACGGAGACCUGGUUCAGGGUCAAUACUCGUUGGUGGACUCUGACGGCACUCGCCGUGUGGUCGACUACACUGCUGACUCAGUGAACGGUUUUAACGCAGUGGUGCGCAAAGAACCUUUGGUAGCUGCAGCUCCCGUGGUGGCUGCGCCAGCUCGUCUCGCAGCCGCUCCCGUCGCUGCUGCUCCAGUGGCCGCGGCCCCCGUCGUCGCUGCGCGAUACACCGCUCCCCUCGCUUACACCGCGGCGUACCCCGCCCCAGCAGCUCGGCUGGCGUACAGCGCGCCAGUAGCCGCCGCCUACGCCGGCCCAUUCGCCCGGUAUGCCGCCGCACCGUUCGCGUUGCCUGCUGCUGCACCCGUUGUAGCGGUCUAGACAUUUAUUAUCCGGUUCCUGCAUGACUGACAACAAUGGCAAAUAAAUUUUAUACAACA